GCCUGAUAACCAUUUCACACAAUUGCUAAAACCAGAUCUGACUGAGUGCUGAAAGCAGUCCGCCGCAACGUGCGAUCGCUUUUUUGUAUAAAACGACGACGACGACGACAUUGUGAAACGUUAGACGAAUGCGAUUUUGGCUUUAGUAUUUAGCUGUAUUUAGUAUUCGCUAACCGGUCGUCGUUAGUAUGCAUGCAAACAAGUGACUAAUACUAGUGUUUUCACCAAACCAAAGGUUGUGUAGUUUAUAAAGAAGAGUUAAUUGAAGGCAAAGGCAGUUGCAUUCAGAGCUUACGAUGAGUGAUAAUAAUAGAGAUAAAGGGUUCCAUUGAUAAAGGUGCUCGCGUGCGUUUCGUACUAAAGCGAGUUAAGUUUUGUUGUAUGAAGAAAAGGCGAGUAAUAAAAAAUUAAUUACCUGAUGUUCAGUUGAGAGAAGCAUUCAGUGCAGAAUGGCCGGGGCAGAAAGUGAUGUCGCAUUUGAUCGGAUCAUGGAAGCCGUCGGGGACGACGGUCCAUUCCAGAAGCGGUACAAUCUGUUCUUCAACGUGACAACUGUAAUGUUCGUGUCGAUGACAGUCGUUAAUAUUUUGCUGAUAUUAACCGUACCGGAGCAUCACUGUUCCGUACCAGGGAUGGAAUUGUACGGAGUAACUUCGCAAGCCCAGUGGAGAAAUUUAACACUCCCCAGUGAGAUCAAUAGUCGGGGAGAACAGGAUUACAGCGCCUGUCUGAUGUACAAUGUUUCCAAGUAUCCGGUUGGCACGCGGCCGGAACUGAUGAGCUUCCAGGAGAACGAUACAAUCGACUGUGUCGAUGGGUACGACUACGAUCGGCAGUAUUUCGAUUUAAUCCCCAUUACGGAGCAGAACUGGGUGUGUGAUAAGGAACUGUACGCCACCAACGUGUUUGCCUUUGUGCGAGUUGCCGAGGUUGGUGGAACGUUUGUGCUUGGACAGCUAGGCGACAGGAUAGGCCGACUACCGGUGUACCUGAUCAGCACCGCUACGAUAACGAUCGGCCGGACGCUGGCCGUGUUUUCCGCCCCGCAGUACUGGCUGUUCGCUGCGCUGGCAUUCCUGGGUAGCUUCUCGUCGAAUACCGGCUUCCAGUCACCGCUGAUUGUGGCAAUGGAAAUUUCCAAAGAUGAAAACCGAGCCACCCUCUCGAUGUGGCAACUGUUCGGCUGGACGGCCGGCGUCUGCUUGGCUCCGUUGGUUCUCUGGUGGUGCCGAGACUGGCGCUGGUUCCUGCUGAUCACUUCGCUGCCUUGUCUUAUGGCGUACUGCCUGCCGCAGUACAACAUCGAAUCGCCUCGUUGGUUGGCCAGCCAAGGACGGUACCGGCAUUGCCUUCGGGAAUUACAGAAAAUUGCCAAAAUCAAUGGAAAGCGAUUCGACUACACGGAGCAUGAUCUACGCGAGCAGGUUCCUCAGAAGGAAGCAGAGCAGACGUAUGGCGUAGCUUCGCUAUUUAGUGGAUGGCAUAUGAGCAAACUAACUAGUCUACUACUGAUCGGUUGGGUUUGUAACACUAUACCGACGUUUACAUUGUUUCUGCUUAGUAUGCAAAUGGGCGGAAAUCCAUUCUUGAACUUUUUCUGGCAAGGCGCCAUCGAACUACCGGCUUACUUCUGCGGGCAACUGCUAAGCGACUGCCUCGGACGACGCUUCACCAACAGCGGAGCAUUCCUGGGUAUCGCUUUGUCAUGUCUUCCAGUAAUAUUUAUAAUCCAUCAUAGCGGUACUGAACUCUACGUAACCAUCUUCGCCAUAAUCAUCAAGUUUUUCGUCUGCAUAACCUAUUUCACAUUGUAUCUACAAUCAUUCGAAUUGUAUCCAACUUCGCUGAGACAGACGGGCACGUCAUUCGGAAUUAUAGUGGCCAACGUGUUUGGAACUCUUGGACCGUACAUAGUAUUUUUGGGAACCAACUACGAUAUUCGACUUCCUUUCGUGGCGAUGGGUCUGAUUGGAUUGCUGGGGUUGAUAGCGUCCAUUUACCUGCCGGAAACACUCUACCAGAAACUGCCGGAAACAAUGGAAGAGGGACGGCGAUUCGGUAAGGAUCAACGGUUUUGGAGUUUACCGAGAAAAAUGUGCGAUUCGGAGAUUAUUGGUUCAGGGACUGAACAAACGACAGCUGCAGGCGAAAAGGAAGGACUGAAUCGGAACGCAUCGGGCGUCCGAUAUUAAAGGUAGAAGGUUGAUUGGGGAUUAGUAAAUAAAUAUGAGUUGCGUUUUUACUGUGUCCGAAGCAAUAAACCAAUUGUAUAUUUAAAUAA